UGCGCACGACGCACGACCAGUCAGACCACAGCUGCUAUCGAUCCAACAAUAAAAGAGUGCUGCUUCUGUUCCAGCUCAUACUUGCAGUGUGCGCCGUGAACUUUGCUUCGUAUGUCAGCAAAUGUUUUAAAUAAUGAUUCUAAGUGAGUGGUGCAAUAUUGGGUGCUGCGAGUACAGAGUCCUUGAAGUACAGAAACUGUUCUGUUAAACUCGCGAGCGCUAACCUCAUAAUCAGUCCCAGCUGUCGGGGUGUCGUAACAAGGCGGGUAUGAACCGGGCUUGCUGCUGAGUGGUGACAGUGUUGUUUGUCGUGCGAGUAGUCUGGGGCGUGUUUGCCAUCUUCGGUAGCGCUUAGAGUAUUUUCCUUAGUAAACUGGCCGCGACGGCUGUGAAAGUGCACGAAGCCCAAGCUGGGAUGAGGAUAGACAUACAGUUAUCCAUUAGGCAUACUUCGUCAGAUCACUUCUCAGAACUGAAACAUUGCAUCUAGUAUACGGCUUCGCUACGUGUGGGUUUUCUGAAAAAGUCACAUCGUAAGUGUAACUCCGUUCCUAGAGUACAAAGUUGCAUUUUAUAAAGGCUGGUUUCAUUGGCGCUGAAGAUGGCUCCUACGAUUGGAGAUGUUUGUAAAAUGAGCCCCUCCAAGGAUAACGAAGAUCUAGUGGAGGAAAAGUGCAAGAUUCCUGCCUACCGCUACAACCAUCAAGGUGGUGACGCCAGGCAGUGCGGCAGUCCCCUGGUGGUGGCGCUGGUGGGCCUGCCGGCCAGGGGCAAGACUGUGACGGGCAACAAGCUGGCUCGCUACCUCAGCUUCUGCGGCCACCCCGCCAGAGCCUUCGUGGUGAGCCAGUACCGCCGCCGGCUGGUGGAGCGCUACGACAGCCACGACAUGUUCCGCGCUGACAACGAGGAGGCCAUGGAGAUCCGGCGCCGCAGCUCCCGGGCCGGCCUGGAGGACGCGGUCGAGUGGCUGCACAAGGGCGCGGGCAGCGUGGCGAUCCUGGACGCGGGCGCCCAGUAUGGCAAGGUGAUCGAUCGCAAGGUGCGCGAGCUGUGCGUGGAGAGCGAGGUGCUGCCCCUGGACACUCCCGCCUUCACGCUCAAGGAGAAGGGAUACAAAGCGAUCAUCAUAUCCGGAGGCCCCAGCUCGGUGUAUGCGGAGGACGCCCCGCGCUAUGACGCAGACGUCUUCAGGAUAGGAGUCCCCGUUCUAGGUAUCUGCUACGGCAUGCAGAUGAUGAACAAGGAGUUUGGAGGCGGGGUGGUGCGCACGGAUGCCCGUGAGGACGGGCAGUACACCAUUGAAGUGGACACCAAGUGCUUGUUGUUCAAGGGCCUGGAGAAGGUGCAGCAGGUGCUGCUCACGCACGGCGACAGCGUGGAGAGAGUCGCCGACACGUUCCGCACGGUCGCCGCCUCCAGCUCCUUCACGGCCGCCAUCGCCAACGACAAGUCCCGCCUCUACGGCGUGCAGUUCCACCCGGAGGUGGACCUGACGACGAGCGGCAAGGCCAUGAUCAGGAACUUCCUGUUCGACAUCAGCGGCUGCACGGGCAACUACACGAUGCAGUCGCGCGAGCUGGAGUGCAUCAGGCACAUCAAGGAGGCGGUCGGCAGCAACAAGGUCCUGCUGCUGGUGAGCGGGGGCGUGGACUCGUCCGUGUGCGCGGCGCUCCUGCACAAGGCGCUGCGAGAGGACCAGGUGAUUGCCGUGCACAUCGACAACGGCUUCAUGCGCAAGAACGAGAGCCAGAAGGUGGCCCAGUCCCUGGGCAAGCUGGGGCUGCGGCUCAAAGUGGUGAACGCCGCUCACCAGUUCCUGCUGGGCUCCACCACCAUCCCCAUGGAGAUAGACCCGCGCAGAUCCAAGUUCACCAAGAUGCUCUGCAUGGUCACCAACCCCGAGGAGAAGAGAAAGAUCAUCGGCGAUGUGUUCGUGAGGGUGGCGAACGACGUGAUCGCGGAGCUGAACCUCACGCCCGAGGAGGUGCUGCUGGGGCAGGGCACGCUCCGGCCGGACCUCAUAGAGUCGGCCUCGCACCUGGCCAGCAGCAAGGCGGACGUCAUCAAGACGCACCACAACGACAGCGACCUGGUGCGCCAGCUGCGCGCCCAGGGCCGCGUGGUCGAGCCCCUCAGAGACUUCCACAAGGACGAGGUGCGCAAGCUGGGGCGGGACCUGGGGCUGCCGCCCGACCUGGUGAUGAGGCACCCCUUCCCGGGACCCGGCCUGGCCAUCCGCGUGCUGUGCGCGGAGGAAGCCUUCGUGGAGCGGGACUUCUCGGAGACGCAGGUGCUGGUGAAGAUCCUGGCGGAGUACGAGCAGAUGCUGCAGAAGAGACACGCGCUGCUGAACCGGGUGGAGGGCGCGACGAGCGCCGCGGAGCGCCAGACGCUGCGCCGGGUGUCGGGCCGGCAGCGCCUGGCGGCGACGCUGCUGCCCGUGCGCAGCGUGGGCGUGCAGGGCGACUGCCGCAGCUACAGCUACGUGGUGGGGCUGUCCAGCGAGAAGGAGCCAGACUGGGCAGACCUGCUGUUCCUGGCGCGCCUCAUCCCGCGCGUGUGUCGCAACGUGAACAGGGUGUGCUACGUGCUGGGGCCGCUGGUGCAGGACCAGGUGCUGGAUAUCACGCCCACGCUGCUCACCGGCCUGGUGCUGGCCACCUUGCGCCAGGUGGACCACGUCGCCAACCAGGCGCUGGCCUCGUCGGGCCACAUGGACGCCCUGAGCCAGAUGCCGGUGGUGCUGAUCCCAGUUCACUUCGACCGAGACCCGGCCCUGAGGCUGCCCUCGUGCCAGCGCUCCGUGGUGCUACGGCCGUUCUGCACGCACGACUUCAUGACCGGCCUGCCCGCCGUGCCUGACCAGCAGAUUCCCUGUGACGUGGUGACGCGCAUGGCCACGGACGUGCUGGCCGUGCCGGGCAUCUCGCGCGUGCUCUACGACCUCACCAGCAAGCCCCCGGGCACCACCGAGUGGGAGUGACCCCGCGCCCGCCGCCAGCUCCCGCUCCGCCGCUCUGCCGCUCGCGUUCCGCAGAGCCACCACCCACGGACUGUAAACAAACACUGUGCGUCCUCUUUGUGGGAGCCCACCAGGUACCAUGUUGUAAAAAAAUAUCUCGUUUCAAUCUGCAGGAAUGUAUAAAUGGCUUUCGUAAAUGUUAAAUUUUGUUAUUUUUUUUGCAUUCCCUCGGGGCCCCUAACUCGCGCGACCAACUGACGGGUUUUCGACGGAGGAUGAGACUUUAUUGCUCCCCGCCCGUGGAAUCAUGACCGCGGCACGGCUCGAGUCGUGUCGGCUGGCAACAAUCCGUCGUGUUACGUUCCAGUAGAAGCCUGGAGCGUGGGAGUCGAGGAUUUAGUGAUUGGUUUCCGGUGAUAUUGUGUACCAACGAUAAAAUUACUGUUUCGAUUAAAAAUAACUAAUUGUUUUACUAAAAUGAUUGUAUUUUUUGUUUCCCAUGUCAUGUUUUUGUUGAUAUCAAAUUUUUAAUCAUUUUACAGUUAAAUUGAUUUAUAUGGUUUUUGAAUUUAGUUACAAUUAAAAAUGGGCUGGUUAUAUUCUCAAAGAUUCCAAGGAAUAUAUUAGUAAAAGAGAAAAUUCGAAGGAUAACACUAACAUCUAAUUGUGUAAAGUCUAGAAAUGUGGUACAUUAGCACAACUGUUAACAACAUAGCUUAGUGACAGAAGUACGACCAUCUACCAGCUAAGUAUUCACUUCAGGAAACUGUUGUGGGGGGAAAAGGAACUUCUUAUAUCCUGCACAUGUAUAUAUUAUACAUACCAUUGGUGUGUUACCCUGUUUUAUCACAAAAUCAUCGCACCAAUAUUUUAGGGCGUCAAAAUUUUUAUCAAAAUACCUGUCGUGUAAACGUCGCAUGAUGUUUUUUGUCCCGCUAUUAAAUUCCUAGUGCUUUGUGUAGGUAUCUUUUCCGUAUAAAAUGAUGUAUUUUAAUGUAGUAAUCUGAUAUUUAUUCGGACAUGACCACUUAAUUAUUUAAUUAACAAAAAUACGAAGUUGUCUGAUGUGUAAAUUUUCUUUUAAAGAUGUUUUUAAACGUUAUAACCUUUAUCUGUUCAUCUGCGUCACCACAGUGGCUGCAUGCACGAAAAAGUGUCCUGUAACGCAAUUUGUCCCACUACGGAUGUGUCCCGUUACGCUCAUUGUACGCAUGCGCCGUAUCUCUCUUCCACUCGAUUGGAACAACAAUCGAUUUGACUUUUCAAAUCAUAUUUUCGUCUUUUGGAAUUAUUAAUAUUAUAUAAUUUAUCGAUCGUCCACCGAUUUUCAGCACAAUCGGUACAGUUAUUUAAAAGUAAUGUUGAAUUUUCAAAUACGUUUUUAACGAACAAUGGUGUUUUACAGUUACACAUAAUAAUUCAAAUUAUUAUUUGCACAAUGUUUUAAAAAACAUUGUAACACAUUAUAAAUAAGUUUGGUGUAUUUGGGAUGCGUAUUUGGUAUAAAAUCGUAUUAUUAAAACAAAAUAAUAUUAUUCCCCUACGGUGCUGAUAUCUACGGUGACGGACGCGAACCGAAUGAAUCGUGCUCUCUGUCAGCUGCCGCGGGAACCAGGCACUCGUUAAUUCAUAUUUUCCUUUGUUUAUCGCGAUGGGCGUUAUUAUUAAUGAAUUAUAAAUAAAAUUUUGUGACUGGGGCCACAAUUGCAUAUCAUUUUGAGCACUGGAAGACAUAAAAGCGUAAAAUAUUCUCGACGAAUUUUAAUCUGUGGUUUUGAUUGCUUAUUACAACAACUUCGGCAAUAAAGGUUAAUUAUUCUUGCAUUUUAAAAAUCUGAUUACUAGUAUAAUUUCAAGUAUUUAUUCUUUUAAUAUUAAAAUUAAAAUGAUUCAAUUUUAUUCAUAAAAGUAUGCAAUCAUUCCAUCAAUGUUUUGUUAUGACGUCACGUUAAACUAUCGUCCGUAAACCGACUUUACAGACAACCAAUUUUUUUUAAUAACAAAACUGUUGCAUGAAAAUUACAUUUAAUGAAAAUGCAGAGUGUACAAAAGUAUUCCAAACAAAAUUAAUUAGUCAUUCAACAAAACAUAUUUUGUAUCAAUUUAAAUGAUAAUAAAACUGUGAUUCAAACGUGAGGCGGAACUAACGUAGCGUACCCAUAACUAUCGUCGUAGUACACACUAACCACGAAAGAGUGCAGGCCAAGCUAUCGAAUGUAGUUUACUCAAUACAAGACAGAGUGUUAUCAAUGUUAGACUACAGGCAUUCUCUAUACAGGCAUCAACGUAACCAAACAUGUAUGAUGCCACCUAGUACUUGGCUACAUUUUCAUUUACAUAAGUGCUUCAUUGCGUCAAUGGAACAGAUAAAUUUUAUAACUUUAAAAAAGUGUUUAGAAGAGAAUUUACACAUUUUAAACUUUAUUUCUGAUUGUUAAAUAAGUAAACAAUAAUAUUCUAACAACAAUGGAUUUCAGCUUAGAGAAAAAUAUAGUUUCAUACUUGAAACAAAGCUUUUGGGGAACAUCUUACAUGGAAAAAAAUUACGUACAUCUAAUGGAGAAAAUGGCGGGACCGAAACAUUUGACCGUAUUUUGUGGGAAUGUCUUAAAACUAUUUUUACUAUAAUCAAAGUAUUUUUCCAUACCUGACUGCAACUUGAAAACUGUCCUGUGAUAUUUGGCAAAGUAUGUUUACUACCUGCACGAAGCAUCAGCAUCUAAUAGCGGGAUUAAAACAUCAAGCAACGUUUAUGAGAUAGGUAAUUAAUUUUUUCCAAAUUUUGACUCCUUAAAAUAACGGCGCAGUCAUUCUGCGAUAAAACACUGUAAUUUUAUUACUGACUCGUAAGGUCUAAAUGUAGAUUUUAAAAUGUGAUUAAAGUGAUUUGACCCAUCACCAGAGGCAAGAUUAUAUUAUCAAUAGUAAUAGGGCAGUUAUACAAAUAACAGUAUUUAUGUUUGAAUUGAAAUAUCUACUUUAACGUACGUAAGUUUGUUUCCAGUUUAUGCUUAUUUAUAUAGACUUUAUUACUGAAGAUGUUAUUUAGAAGCCCAAAGCUCACUGAAUAUAUAUAUCUUGCUUAGACAUGAGUAAAAGUAAGAGCAUAUAAGUAAUUAAUAAUCUUUAUUCUCCGAGAACUUCUAAGAAUUGAACUUUAUGUGAACUAGUUUUGCCUGGUUACUCACAAACACACCAGUAGUCCUGAGGUUUAAUACUUGUGCUGCCCGAUGUAGUAACGGCUGGACAAUAAUAUAUAAACUCUAUACUGGUGAUUGGUGAAGUUACAGUUGUGCUGAAGGGAUACUACUAUUUCCAGACUAUUGAUCACCGUGAAAUGUAUGUAUGUAUUUGGAUAUUUGAAGACAUUUGCAAGUGAAAUCAGGGUCCAGACUAAUGAGUCAUGAUACUUUACAUUUUGGAUUAACUUUUAUGUGAUAAGCAACUAAUGUUCAAUAUUGAGUACAAUUUCAAUUACAUUAUUUUAUGUUCUAAAUAAUUAUAAACUUGUUUAUUAAAUACUUUUUGAAUUGUUGUAAUGUAUCUCAAAAAUGACACAUAAAAUUGUUUGACUUGCUUGUUAA